CGUCAUUAACGUAAGUCGUGACAAAUAAACCAAUUAUUGAUCUGUCAAUAAUAUCAAUCCGUCAAACGAUUUUCGUUAGAUUUCCAGUGUUUUGAGACUUCUUCCAUAUCACUGCGAGUAUAAUCCAAUCGAAAUGGUAUGGUCAGAAUGCAAACAGCAUUACGAUGCAAGGAUCGGUUCAAUUCAGCCUGUCACACACAGUGCCGUUUUGUCUUUAUGGAAUGAGGCACUGCACAAAGUUACACCGGAAAAAUGGAAAAGAUAUUUUGAUCAUACAAGAGGCAUUAUAAACCAGGCCUGGGAACGGGAACAACAUAUUGGGCGCGUUCAUAAGACACAACUGUUGUGGAACAGUUACCGAUACGUCUUAUAAUUACGUUGCUACUUUUACGCUCUUUACGGAGCAGUCGGCCAUUUUUAGUAGCGCAGUGUAAAUUGACAAGUAUCUUGUCAUUUAAGGUUAAUUAUUCGCUAUUUUGGGAUUACGAAUUGGUUAUUAUAAGUUUUGAUGUUUUUGUGUGAUUCUAAUGGAUUUACAAGCGAUUAUUGCUCUUUUGGUUGAAGAUCGAGGUAUUUAAUGUUGCAAUAAUUGAAAAUGUUGCUUUAGAUUUAGCAGAACCCCUAAACAUUAUUGGCAAUGAGGUAAGGGAACGAAAUGCUAUUCCUCGAAAUUUAAAUUAUUAUGAGGAAACAAUCCCUCAAUAUUUGGGGGAUCUGUUCGUUCAGCACUUUAGGAUGUCGCGAGAAUGUUUUGGAGAAUUAAGUACUGUAAUUGGAAAUAAUCAACGACUACAAAACUCGACAAUACCAAUGCAAAAGAAGAUACUGUUUACUUUGUGGGUGUUGGCCAAACCAGAAUCAUUCUUGGCAGCAGGAGAUCGAUUCGGAUUGGCUAGAAGUACUGCACAUGGUAUUUUUAAAGAUGUUGUUGCAGUCUUUGUAGAGUUGCUAAAUAGAUAUAUAACGUGGCCAAAUAAUCAUGAUACGGCAAUUAGGGCAUUUCAUGACAAGUCAGGUGGAUUCCCUGGAGUUAUUGGGGCUAUUGAUGGUUGCCACAUUCAAAUGAAACAACCAACUGCAAACGCUAACGAUUACUAUAAUCGUAAACAAGUGCAUUCUGUAAUUCUUCAGGGAAUAUGUAAUCAUAAAAAACUAUUUAUGGACAUAUAUGUGGGUAUGCCUGGCAGAGUGCACGAUGCACAUGUUCUGCGUACCAGUCCAGUAUAUGGUCAUCUGGUAAAUAACAACAACACAAUAAUGCCACACAAUUGCCAUAUUCUUGGAGAUUCGGCUUACCCCCUAAUGGAAAAUCUCUUAACACCUUUUCGGGACAAUGGGCACUUAAACGAAGACCAAAUACGUUACAAUGUUAAAUUGUCAACGAUAAGAGCAGUUAUCGAAAGGGCCUUCGGUCAAUUAAAGGGAAAGUUCAGGCGUCUGAAAUAUUUAGACAUUGCAGAACCUGACUUCGCAACAGAAAUUAUUACUGCUGCUUGUGUUUUGCACAACUUUACCCUUAUGUGGGGGGAAGAAAUGCACGACAAUGAAGCAAUUAUAGAAGGAGAAAAUAAUCACCAAGAAGCUGAUGAUAACGAUGUUGUCGCCGACCAUCAAAAUGGCGUAGAAAAACGCAAUUUUAUUGUAAAUAUUUUACGACAUUAGAACAAACAAUGCAUGGGUAUUAUUACUUUUUGGAUUAUCUUCUUUCUAACAUUAAUUUUAAAAUUUCAUUCCUUUCUUUUUGAAUAUCAUUACUCUCUUCUAUUGCUUUGCGCAGCAAAGUUAUUUCCAUUAUCCUUCUCUCUUCGAGUUCGAG